AUGUAUGUAGAGCCCGUUGCAGCCCUGCUUCACAAAUAUCGUGAAUUGUUUCACAAUUCACAUGUUUUCAAUAUUAUUCGUCAUUUAGCGCUGCACGAUACUUGGCAAUUGAUACGUUACCUUAUAGAGCAGUGGGGUUACGACUACAGCACGUUACUGAGUGACGAAUCAAGAGAUGACUUCAAUUACAGAUAUGCACGCUCUAAUGCAAAAGCAGAAGGCAAUGCUGGUUUGAAUCAACAGACUCCAGCACGUCCUACUCGCCCUCGAAGACAAGCUGACAACUCUGGAACAAAUCAGCUGUGCCCUACUACUCGUAGAUUCAUUAUGCCCAAAGCUGCGAUGAAUAAUCAAGGCAAUUGGAUGUAUGUAGUGAAUCUGAAUGAAGUGGAUGAUCGUUAUACCCAACUGGUUGGCACAGAAACUUGCGUUUCAAAUCGUUGCAAUGGAAUUUGCUCUCUUCCAAAUGGAUAUACAUCAAGAUGUGAGCAACAGUAUGUUCAGAAGAGACUCGUAGCCUUGGAGCCAAGUGGAAAUCAGCUGUAUACAGAUGUCUUCUGGUUUCCACACUGUUGUGUGUGUCAAAUCACACAAACCGGUUAACAUGUUUGAUUUGUGAAUGAAAUUUAUAAAUAAAGACUUAUGAAUUAAUAAUGCAUUUUAGAUAACAAGUGGAACAUAAAUGUACUCUUUUGCUACUUCAUUGUGACACUUGUUGAAUUUUAAUAUAACUGAAAUGUAUGAAUUCAUCAUUACUGCCAAAACAAAGACUUCAGCUAAACAGAUAAUUGAAUUAGCAGAGUUAUAUUGUUCAAUACCAUCAAUUUUUGUAUAUAAUACAAUCAGUUUGGGUUAGAUAAUGCAUUAUGAAAUGUUGUUAAAUUCAGCUCAAACUAUUAGCAAUAAUUUUCAAUGUUUCUUGAUAAAGCUGAAAAUUUAAUCUAAGAAUCUUGUAUUAAUGUGAAGAAGUGAAUAUUAGUAAUAUCAACCAACUUUUCACAUGGUAAUGUUCAAAUUGUGAAAAUAAUUCAUCAUCUCUUACAAGUGUAUUAGCAUUGACCCAAGUAUUUUGUGAAUGUCUCCAAAGCUAUUCAUGGUAUAAUGAAUAGGAUUUCUGAUAUAUGGUUCACUUAUGGAAGAAUAUAUUAUUUGGUGUGAAAUGUCAAGAAAUCUAGUGAUAAAUCUAUCAUACAUUUACCAUAAUUUUCUAUCAUUCAUGUAUAUCUUCUUUUGUUCAUGUACAUAAAAAAAUCAUAUAAUUUCAUCUAAUGAUAUUAGUUACCAAUACCAAUGGGAAUAUUGUAUGAAACACAGAUCAUCAUUGAUUCUAUAAUAAGACAGGAUUCAUUUCUUUUUUCAUAAAAUGUUUCAUUACCAAGUAAUGGAAAUGGAAAAUAAACUUCUAAACUUCAAAUUUCUUUCCUUCUGCUCUGUGAAGAUGUUUGUUUCAUAAUAAAACUACUUUUUCUUUCAUUUUAUAUUAUUGUUUCAUGUAUCAGAGAUUUAGCACUAUUGUAUUCCAAUGAUCUGCCAAAAAUGCUUGUUUUUCUUCUUCUUCAAGAAUUCAACUAUUAUUUUCAGUAGUGUUUUCUUACAUCAUUACUCCAUCAGGUUGAAGAUUGACACCAAAAUGAAAAAGAGUGUGCCAAAUGUUGAUAUUUAGAGUUUUUCAUUUAUAAAAGUGUGUUUGCUGACUGUUGCUAAUGUUGAAAACGAUGUACAUAAGAGUUGUGUGAGGCACACAGUUGUACAUCCAGACAUUAAUGACAAAAAAUUUAACUUGUUGUUCGUUGAAGUUGAUAAAUUUAAUUAUUAUGAGUUACUUUAGAUUUCUGUAAGUAUAAAUAUAUCCUAAGUUUUCUUAAACACCAGCACCAAGACCACAAUGAAAUAUUCAAAAUAUAUAAUUAUUUUCUUCCCUUCUGUGUAAAAAGAAAAAAAAAUGGUUAUUAUUUUGUGACAGUUUACUAAAAGACAGUUUUAUCACAUAUAUGUAAAUGUAUGUACCAGCUACAAUGCUACUUAUAUUGUAAAUCAACUCUUUCUUUUCCAGGGAUUCCAACAGUUUUUUUAAAGUGGGUAAUAAAAUGAAAUAUUGAAUGGCUGCCUAUGUACCACCUUUAUUGUGUUUUUUAAAUUUCUGUAAUUGUGGAAAUAGCCAGAAUAUGUAUCUCUUGUAUGAAGAAAAGUUUUAUUUAAGAACUGUAAUUUUUAAUAUAUAGAUGACUGCAACAUUAUUUUGAACUACUCCAUACUUCAGUCUUCAAAGAUUUUGUCUUGCAAAACAAGUCUUGCUUACUUUUUCCUAAUUUAGUAUUCCAGAGAGAAAAAAUAAUUGACAGCAAAUAUGGUAUAUAUUUUUAUUGGUAGAAUUAAUUCCAAAAAUGUUAAUGACGUAAUUUAAUUCCAAACCAAAUACAAUGAAUUCUUCUCAUAAACUAGGAUCUCCUGAGGGCUUUCAAAAUACAACAAAUUAUGGUUGUGCUGUAAUAAACAUAAUAUGUCAAGUUAAUUGGAUGUAGAAUAAAAUGUAUGUUGAAUGUUGAUGCAUAUUUUUAUCUUCAUGGUAUGUGAAAUAUUUAUGAAUUUCUAUACAAAUACUUACUUGCAAGAAAGAAUGAAAUAAAAAAACAAAACAGGAAUUUGUGACAGUGGCCUCAGCAUUUAUAAAAUUAUUUUACAAUUUAUUCGGUCACAUUCUUCCACUUUGACUAUUGUAAAAUCACUUAGAAAUUGUAGCUGAAUAUUUUUCUAUUCUGUAAGCUUUUCCACUGAUGCUAUAAAAUUCCGGUUUUUGUGGUAUUUCUCAGUAUUUCAUUGCAUUAAAAACCAUUGAUAUUUUUUCAAUAUUUCUUUAAAGGUACAUUUUAUAUAGUGAGUAGUAUUAAAAUUUGUUUUGUAUAAUUUUUAUUUUCUAAUUUUAAGCUUGAAAAAAAGUUUACGAUGAUAUUUGUGGAUAUGUGGAACUAAGGGUCUGAAGAUAAAUGAAUUCAGAUAAUUCAUAUUUCUUUUUAAUUGUAAGGUAUUGAGUCUUCACAGAUGAUGAAAAACUGAUGUUACAAAAGACUUUUUGUAAUAAAUUGAACACUACUUUUGAAGAGAUUUUUUUAGUUUAACCAGUUAUAUACAAGUUUGUUAAUGGUAAUUGUAUUAUAAAUGUAAUGUAUGUUGUGUGUGUUAGAAGAAAUGUUUGAAGGAGAAAUCAUUAAUAUCACAUUUAAUAUAUGUGGUAUAUAAUAACAUGUACGAAGCUUCUACUCAGAUGAUCAGAAAACAUUAAAUAGGAACCUAUGUGAAGAGACAUGGAAAACCCACAAUGAUAUCUUUGGUGUGAAGUAAUGAUAGCCUGCAUUUAUUAUGUGACCCUAGAUAUUUCAUAAUUUCCAAGUAAAUUAUUUGCCCAACUUGUAGGCCAAUAUCUCCUUAAGGCCUUCAGCAUUCUCCUGAAAUCUAGAGCGGUUCAAUGUAUCCAACCUUUCCCUCAGGGAAAUGCACACUUCAGUUGUUCAGUGCUGAAAAAGAUUAAUAAUUAAUUGCAAAUGAGUAAAAAUUCUUAAACUUUUAAACAAGAUCAUAUAUACUUUCAGUAUUCCAAUGUUUAAUUAUAAAUUUCUUUCCAUGAAAAUACAUUUCUUUAACAAUUCCUUCCAGUUAAAAAAUGUUAUUCCAUUUAAAGUUCAUCACACAUUAUUUUUCUGAAUUUCGAAUUUCUGAUAUUGAAGUCAAUUCCAUUACAGCAAAUGUUCAACUUCAGCAAACUCUGAUACUUUUAGAAUUUUACUUAUUGAUGAUGAAAAUCUUUCAAAUCCUGAUAUUGCUAUAAUCUCAAUAACUUAAACGAUAUAAUUUUGUAAGAGUGUGCUAUUUUGUUGAUGUAGAUUAAAUUUUUUUUGUUACUGCAAAAUGAAUUGGCUAAAAUUGUGUGCACCUAUUUUCAAUUAAACAAAAUACUGUACAAGGAUAUGUAAUGUUUGUGAAAGUGGGUUUUCAUUGUUUUAUAGCUUCUUAUCCUUUGCAGGACAGUAUUCAAUUCCUUUAUUGAUAUUUCAAAAUGCCAUUUUAUAAGCAAAGUAAGUUAAUGAAUAAAUGUGUAUGUGAGAUACAAAUAAUUAUAACUUAUUGCAUGAUCCCCUUCAGUCUUUUUGUUCAUCAUAUUUUUCAAUACAUAUUUUAUAAAAAGACCAGGAAAAAUAAACUACAGGAGAAAAUUCAGUCAUUAAGAUUUCUUUUUAGUGAGGAAUCCAACACACC